UAAUUAUUUGCAUGUUUUCAUUUUAAGUUAUGAUUUGAAUGAACUGGAAAUGCGAACUCUUCGCGGAAUUGGAAUUUUAAAAGCAAUUCGGUGUUUCAUUUUUUUUUUUUUCUCUUCUCUUCUCUGCGAAUUCUUAGGGUUUCUGAAUCUUCUGGUUCUCUUCGCAAUCGAAUUCUCUGAAGUCAAACCAAAGUUUUUGGUAUUUCUCUCUUUUCUCCUGCCAAUCUAAGAACCUCCUGUAUUGCUAGGUUGGCCAUCUUGUGACGAGACGACGUACUUAUGAAGUUCUUCUCUUCCUGCGAUUUUUAGUCAGGAAGGAGUUGAACUAAGAUUAAGAUGGAGAUAUCAGCUCUUCUUACAUCUGCUGGAAUUAAUAUUUCGAUAUGCAUAGUUCUUUUAUCACUUUACUCCAUACUUAGGAAACAGCCAGCCAAUUACUGUGUAUAUUUUGGCCGAAGGCUUGUUUGUGGUGGUGCUAGACGUUAUGAUCCUUUUUGGUAUGAGAGGUUUGUGCCGUCUCCAAGUUGGCUUGUGAAAGCAUGGGAGACUAGUGAAGACGAGUUAUUAGCUGCUGCUGGUCUUGAUGCUGUCGUCUUCCUUAGGAUGGUCAUUUUCAGGUUACUGAAAAUAAACUCUCCCAGAUGCUUUUUCUUUGUUCUGCUUCUUGGUUUUGUUCUGUAGUGUUUGUUUUACUUUGUGUUUUUUGUUCUGCAGCAUUCGUAUUUUCUUUAUAGUUGCUGUUAUUUGCAUUGCCUUUGUGCUGCCUGUUAAUUAUUAUGGGCAACCGAUGGUGCAUAAGGAAAUCCAUUUGGAGUCAUCCGAAGUGUUUACAAUUGAAAAUCUUAAAGAAGGCUCAAAAUGGCUGUGGGUUCAUUGUCUUGCACUGUACAUUAUAACCUCAGCGGCAUGUCUUCUGCUCUACUUUGAGUAUAGCACCAUAGCUAAAAUGAGGCUUGGGCAUAUUACUGGAUGUGCCUCAAAGCCAAGUCAAUUUACCGUUCUUAUCCGUGCUAUUCCAUGGUCUCCUGAGCAAUCUUACAGCGACACGCUGAGCAAAUUCUUCACAAACUACUACUCGUCCAGCUACGUGUCCCACCAAAUGGUCUACCAUAAUGGCAUCAUUCAGAGACUGCUGCGUGAUGCGGAGAGGAUGUGCCAGACUCUAAAACACGUUUCUCCUGAAAUCAAUUGUAAACCGAGUUUAAGGCCAUGCACCUUUUGUGGAGGACCUACAGCCACAAGUUCUUUUCAUAUCCUAUCGAAUGAGGCAGACAGUGUGAAAGGAAUGGAGCUUGGUGAGUUGACUAUGACUACGACUACGACAGAGCAAGAACGUUCAGCUGCUUUUGUGUUUUUUAAGACUCGCUAUGAUGCUCUUGUUGUUUCGGAGGUUCUACAAUCAUCAAAUCCUAUGUUAUGGGUGACAGACUUAGCCCCAGAACCUCAUGAUGUGUACUGGAAGAAUCUCAACAUUCCUUAUCGACAACUUUGGAUACGGAAAAUAGCAACCCUUGUUGGUGCAGUUGCUUUCAUGUUUGUGUUUCUUAUUCCCGUUACCUUCAUUCAAGGGCUGACUCAACUAGUGCAGCUGUCUCACGCAUUUCCUUUUCUAAGAGGCAUCUUGAGCAAGAACUUUAUAAACCAGGUCAUCACAGGGUACUUACCCAGUGUGAUCUUGAUUCUAUUUUUCUAUGCCGUUCCACCAUUGAUGAUGUAUUUUUCGGCCUUGGAGGGAUGUAUUUCACGGAGUAUAAGGAAGAAGAGUGCUUGCAUCAAAGUCUUAUAUUUUACCAUUUGGAAUGUGUUCUUCGUGAAUAUAUUAUCAGGGUCUGUUAUCAGGCAACUGAAUGUCUUUUCUAGUGUCAGAGACAUACCUGCACAACUUGCUAGAGCAGUGCCAACACAGGCUGGCUUCUUCAUGACCUAUUGUUUCACAUCUGGUUGGGCCAGUUUGGCUUGUGAAAUAAUGCAGCCUAUGGCUCUUAUCUGGAAUCUGGUAGCAAAAGUUGUUACCAAGAACGAGGAUGAGUCAUAUGAAACACUUAGGUUCCCAUACCACACCGAAAUUCCUCGGCUGCUUUUGUUUGGGCUCCUGGGUUUCACCAAUUCAGUCAUAGCACCACUGAUACUGCCGUUUUUGCUGAUAUACUUUUUCCUUGCAUAUCUCAUAUACAAAAAUCAAAUACUCAACGUGUAUAUUACGAAGUACGAAAGCGGUGGACAAUACUGGCCUAUUUUCCACAACACAACAAUCUUUUCACUGAUCUUGACACAGAUUAUAGCUUUGGGGUUUUUCGGAUUAAAGCUAUCAACAGUUGCUUCGGGUUUCACCAUACCGUUAAUUCUUCUCACGUUACUUUUUAGUGAGUAUUGUCGGCAGAGGUUUGCGCCCAUUUUCAACAAAAAUCCUGCCCAGGUUCUCAUAGAUAUGGACAGAGCUGAUGAAAUAUCAGGAAAGAUGGAAGAGUUACAUAAAAAAUUGCAUAAUGUAUACUCGCAGAUACCAUUACACUCUCAGAAAUCAUCGAGUAAAGCUGAAUGUAGUAAUCCUUUCAAAAAGCAGGAGUUACCAGAUCCUGAAAAAUUGAAGCCAGAGGAGGGGGAUGCGAUAGCUAAAGAGUUAUGGGGAUUCCAAGGCAAUGAAUCUGGUCAAGAACAUGACACUAAGUCCUGAGCAUCUUUCUCCAAAGAAGAUCGAACUUCACAAACGGAACUAGACAGAUGUUUUUACUAGUGAAGUGCCUAUGUGUUGGUUCAAUCACAAAGUCUCCAACAAAUCAGUGCAUUAAGCACAAGAGUUCUCUCGUAGGCAUGCUCAGCUGCAAAACCAAUGUUACUGGGAAUACUUUCACUCACUUGAAGAAAAGUAGAUGUAAGUUUUUCUGGGAUAUUUGAUAAUUUCUUCAAUGAAAAUUCCUAUACAAAUUAUAUGGGGGAAACAUGUACAGUCUUGUUGCCAAGAUAAAAAUGUACAUCUUAUAGUUACUGCAAGAAGAAAUGGAACUUCUUUAUAGAGCUCAGAGUAUGAGAAACUAAAACUAUCAAUCUCUUUGAUGAGAUGGCCAUUUUUCAGUUGUUCAUCUAUGGAAAUUAUGUCGUACGAAAGGUGGAAGAAGUAGGAUAUUGUGAGUUCCUAGCAGAUAGGAUUUAUAUACAUAAGAUCAGGGAAGUAAGUGGUGAAAAAGCAGAGAUGAUGAUUUUACCGAGGAAAAACAAAAAAAGCGAGAUGUUGAC